AUGACUGGACUUCCUCCUCAUUACGAUGUGCCCCAUGAAUUUCCUUUGGCUAUACAAAUCUGUGACGGGCUGAGACCAGAAUCUAAUUUUAAAGUUCCUCAACAAAUUUUAAAAAUUAUCGAAAAGUGUUGGGAUAAAGAUCCUUCAAAGCGUCCUAAAGCAAAUGAAUUACACGGUAAAUUUAAAAAAUUGGAAAAGGACCAUGAAGAUAAAAAUUCAUUAAUUUAUAAACAAUUUCAAGAAACUGAUAAAAUUAAUAAACAGUUUUCUUCUGAAAUUUCAUAUACAACACAUCAAGGUUAUACAAGUAAACGUUUAGAUUUUAAAAAUUUGCUAGAAAAUAAUAAUUCUGAUACUCUUGGGGAAGAAUGUUCUGAACAUUUAAGGAUUGAUUUGAGCUAA